AGCUCUCCGAUCGUUACGCGACGCGGCGCACAACAGGCCAAAAUACAGACCCGCGCCAUGGUCAAGUCCAAGCUGGCACCAACAUCAUCAUCAUCAUCAGCGUUAGCUUCAUCGACGUCGUCGACAGCGGCGCUAGCGUCAGCGUCGAGCAAUGCAUCGUCGACGGCGUCGUCGUCGUCGUCAGCGGCGAGCUCGAUGAAUGCGAACAGUGGAAUGCGCAAACCGAGUCCAUCGCUGCUGGAGGCAAAACGUCGAGCACGGAAUAUGCUCAAGUCGCAAACAAGCAACGUCGCCAUGCAGGAGACUGUAACCGAUAUCUUUCAGAACGCCGUCAAUGCAAAGAACAUGGAACGCGGCCCCACAGCGCUUAUCUAUGACGAGUCGAUGGCCCAGCAUCGCUGCCUCUGGGAUGAGCAGCAUCAGGAGCGACCCGAACGCUUCACCCGCACCCUGGAGCGUUGCAAGGAGCUGAAGUUGAUUGAACGUUGUCUGCCGUUGCCAUCGCGUCUGGCCACCAAAGCGGAGAUCCUCAAGCUGCACUCGGCGGCGCAUUACGAGUGCCUCGAGCAAACAUCGGGCGUGCAGGACGAGGCGGCAAUGGAGGAAUUGUGCUCCCAUUACGACGCGAUCUACAUACAUCCGUCCACUUUCAAGCUGUCGCUGCUGGCGAGCGGCUCAACCCUAGAGCUGGUGGAUCAGCUGCUGGCGGGGAAGGCACAGAAUGGCAUGGCCAUCAUCCGUCCGCCGGGCCAUCAUGCGAUGAAGGCCGAGUUCAAUGGCUACUGCUACUUUAACAAUGUGGCGCUGGCAGCCCAACACGCACUCGAUCACCAUCAGCUGCAGCGCAUCCUCAUCAUUGACUACGAUGUGCAUCACGGCCAGGGGACGCAGCGUUUCUUCUACAACGAUUCCAGGGUCUUGUACUUCUCGAUUCAUCGCUACGAACACGGCAGCUUCUGGCCCAAUCUGCCAGAGUCGGACUAUCAUGCGAUUGGCGCUGGUCCCGGCACUGGCUACAACUUCAAUGUGCCCCUCAAUGCCAAGGGCAUGGGCAACGGCGACUACAUGGCCAUCUUUCAGCAACUGCUGCUGCCCGUUGCAGUCGAGUAUCAACCGGAGCUGAUCAUUGUCUCCGCCGGCUACGAUGCGGCACUCGGCUGCCCUGAGGGCGAAAUGGAGGUGACACCCGCCUGCUAUCCCCAUCUGCUCAAUCCGCUGCUGCGUCUGGCCAACGCACGCGUUGCCGUCGUCCUCGAGGGCGGCUACUGUGUUGACUCGCUGUCGGAGGGUGCGGCGCUGACGCUGCGUGCGCUGCUCGGCGAUCCCUGUCCCCCGCUGGUCGAGCCACUGCAACUGCCCAGCGCCGAGUUGCGUGAGGCGCUGCUCAACUGCAUCUUCGUGCAUCGACCCUACUGGCGUUGCCUGCAACUGCAGCAAACAUACACGGCCGACGAGUUGGCCCAGUGCACAGAUGUCGCGGCUCAGCAGCAACUGCAUCGCGUGAAACGCAUCUGGUUGGGUGGCCCAUUGCCGCAGGGACCACAGCGCUAUCCGACACGUGGCACCUCGGCUCAGCUGAGUCCGGAGGUUGUCGCCAGCAAUGCGGCGCGUCUGCAAAUGCUGCGCAGGGACACACAACUCUCGGUGCCGGCGACGCGGGUUUGCUAUGCCUACGACAUGCAGAUGCUGCAGCAUUUCAAUCUCCACGACACUUCGCAUCCGGAGCAACCGAUGCGCAUUCGCCAGAUCCAUCAGAUGCACCAGGACUACCAGCUGCUGGCACGCAUGCAUCCGCUGAAGGCCCGUGCAGCCACCACGGACGAAGUGUGUCUCGCGCACACGCGUGCUCACGUCAAUUCGGUGCGUCGCCUGCAGGGACGCAACGAGGAGGAGCUGCAGCAGCUGGGCGCUGGCUACAAUUCGGUGUACCUGCAUCCGCGCACUUAUGAGUGUGCCUCGCUCGCCUCGGGCGCUGUGCUCCAGGCUGUGGACAGCAUUCUGCGCGGCGAAUCGCGCAGCGGCAUCUGCAAUGUGCGACCGCCGGGACAUCACGCUGAACCGGAUCAGCCGCAUGGCUUUUGCAUCUUCAACAAUGUGGCGAUUGCCGCCCAGUAUGCGAUACGCGAGUACCAGCUGGAGCGCAUCCUCAUUGUCGACUGGGAUGUGCAUCAUGGCAAUGGCACGCAGCACAUCUUCGAGUCCAAUCCCAAGGUGCUGUACAUCAGCGUGCAUCGCUACGAGCACGGCGCCUUCUUCCCCAAGGGACCCGAUGGCAACUACGAUGUGGUGGGCAAGAACGCCGGACGCGGCUUCAACGUCAACAUACCUUGGAACAAGAAGGGCAUGGGCGACCUGGAGUACGCGCUGGCCUUCCAGCAGCUGAUCAUGCCCAUCGCCUACGAGUUCAAUCCCCAACUCGUGCUCGUCUCCGCCGGCUUCGAUGCGGCAAUCGGCGAUCCGCUGGGCGGCUGCAAGGUGACGCCGGAGGGCUACGGCCUGUUCACCCACUGGCUGUCGGCAUUGGCCGGGGGACGAGUGCUGGUCUGCUUGGAGGGUGGCUACAAUGUGAACUCGAUAGCGUAUGCGAUGACCAUGUGCACAAAGACGCUGCUCGGGGAUCCGGUGCCGACGCCACAAUUUGGGACGACAACGCAACGACCGCCGACGGUGGCAUUCCAGAGUUGCAUGGAGACGCUGCAGCAGUGCGUGGAGGUGCAACGGAAGCACUGGAAGUCGCUGGUCUUCGGUUGCAAGUUGCCGCAGAGUGCGCUGGGCGAGAACAACAACGAGGAUUUUCUUGCUGCUACCAUGCAGCAGUUGGAUAUUUCAAAUGACGACGCAACCGCGACCGACGGCGCCAUUGGCAUUGAGCACGCCAGUGGCCAGGAGCGACCCAGCGGCAGCAAGCCCAAAGUCAAGGUAAAAACGCUCACCGAGUUUAUGGCCGAGCACAAGGAGGCACUCGAGCAGCAGGAAAUGUUUGCCAUAUAUCCGCUCAAAAGCUGCCCACACUUGAGCCAAUUGCGCCCGGAGGAGGCGCCGCAAUCAAUAGAGACGAGCAGCGCCUGCGGCGGCUGCGCUUCAACGGUGGAGAAUUGGAUGUGCCUCAGCUGCAAGGCCAUUGGCUGUGGUCGCUACAUCAACGAGCACAUGGAGGAGCAUUGCAGGCGGGAGCAGCAUCCGCUGGUGUUGAGCUUCAGCGAUUUGUCGGUGUGGUGUUACGAGUGCAGUGCCUACAUCGAUCAUCCGCUGCUCUAUGUCUAUCAGAAUCUGGCGCAUUUGGAUAAAUUCAAUGAGCCGAUGGCUUGGACACACAGCAGCAAGAGACGCAGUGAUGGCUGCUACUCCACGGAUGCAGUGCAACCGGAGGAUGCAAAGAAGCACCAAAGCGACGACAGCUCCAACGAUGAGCAAGAGAGUAGCGAUGGCAAUGGCAAUGGCCAUGGAUUCUAUAUACAAUUGGAGCGCAACAACUGACCCUUGGUGCUGCGUGUGCUGGACGCCCUAACGGAUUACAUGUGCACGCUGUGUCCCCCGCUCCGACACCUGUUGCAGUUCCUUGUGGAGUACAUGUGGCCGCUGCUCGAACGCAUUUACCUUAAGCUCCUCCAAUACUUUCUGGCCAACUGAGACUCCACCAGCCAAGCAACCAACCAAAACUCACUGUAGCGAGCGCCCGCUGGGCCACAAAUAAUUGUUGUUGAAUUCAGAGGCGAUGCCGAUGUCGAUGCCGAUGAGGCGGAUGCAAGAGAUGGGCAUCCAAACUUGUCCCUGUUGUCCGUUCUAAGUAUAUGCAUAUAAAGAUUGUUACACAAAUAAUGUUAUCAAUAUCACCAAUUGACUAUAAAACUAUGUAUAUGUAAUAAACAACAAAAACUUAAGCAAA